GCCACUCCGCUUUUCCUUCGCACCUCCCGAGUCGAGUUUCCGCCGUGGCCAGUGCCUCAACCCAAAAUGUGCCGUUCCCGUUGAGACCCCGCACUCGGAGUUUCCAGCCGUCAAGACCCAUCCGACGCCACCAUGGACCUCGCCAGCGCAGGCUACCUGACGAGUCCAACGCGGCUCAGGUUUUACCGCUCCAUCUCGGACUCGGUGUCGUCGGUGUCCAUGUCGUGCGACAAGAAAAAAUCAAUAGAUAAAGCAUUUAAAGAGACGCUCAUCAAAAAUGUGAAAAAGGAGGUGAAACAGAUGAUGGAAGAGGCUGUAACAAAGAAGUACGUUCAUGAAGAAAGUAGUUCCAUUACCUCAUUAUGUGGCCGUCCUCCUCUAGUGGUGAAAGCACCAACCGGUCUUCCUUAAUUUUAUCCAACAGUAUUAGCGUGACGAAACCACCGCUUCAAAAGAAGAACUCUGCGAACAGUGGUUUGUCGUCACAACCUCCCAGGUACCUCUGGAUCCGCCUCGCUUUAUUUGACAAAGUUUUAGCACGUAUCAUCGACCAUCUAGUUCAAAAUAGCAGUAAAUAUUACGAGAAAGACUCACUGAUUGCGGAUGAAGACUAUGGAUCAAUUCUAAGUUCUCUUUUAGUUGGACCCUGUGCUCUUGACUUCUCCAGAACGAAAACGCAAGACCACAUGUGGACCGACCCGCCAGCCGAUGAAUUAGUACAACGACAUAGGAUUUCUAGUGGUCAUUCUACACUGCCAGCAUGUAGAACGCCUCAUUUAAAUUAUCGGCGCAGUUUGCAUGCUGUCAAUUCUGAGGAGAAUCAUAGACAAAUUCCUAUUUCCGCCAAGGACUAUGUAGAGUCACUCCAUCAAAAUAGCCGAGCGACAUUGCUUUACGGGAAAAAUAAUGUCUUGGUUUCUCCGAAGGAUAUGAAUGAGCCCAUGCCAGGCUACUUAUCACUUCACCAGACGGCGCACUCAUUAACAAUAAAAUGGACUCCGAAUCAACUAAUGAACGGCUACUCAGAGUCAGACGGCACGGAUAAAAGCAUCUAUUGGGAAUAUGCACUGAAUGUAAGAGUAGAUGAUAUAGUUUACGUCCAUUGUCACCAACAUGGCGGCGAUAAUGGUGGUACGAUAGUGUUGGUUGGACAAGACGGCGUCCAGCGACCGCCGAUCCACUUCCCGGCCGGAGGUCACCUUUUAGCGUUUCUGUCUUGCCUUGAAAACGGUCUCCUGCCCCACGGUCAGUUAGAUCCACCCCUUUGGUCACAACGAGGGAAAGGAAAAGUUUUCCCAAAACUGAGGAGGAAAGGACGUAUCUUGUCUCAAAAGACUGAAGUGCCCGAAGAGGAAUCCUCCGACUAUGUCUUUCAGAUCAUUAGCAAAACUAGACAUGAGGAUUUCUUGUCCGCUAGUAAAGAAUUCAUCGAUGCAAAGCAUUGGUUCAGCAGCAGCAACAAGCAUGUUUCGCCUCGAGCCAGAGCCCACUUAAUUUCAUCAUCGACAAACAGUUCCUCGAGUUCAUGUAAAUCACUGAGCAUCGAGCCGGGCGGAAACGGGAUGGAACCGGUUUCUCCGCCUCCGUCCCUCAGCUCGGACCUCAACAACGAAGAUUGUAAAUUAGAAAUCGAAAACCCAAAAUCUAGUCCAGGUGAAACGAUUCAGUUAGUGUGUGAAACGAUGAAACGACAAAUUAUCUCUAGAGCGUUUUACGGCUGGCUGGCGUACUGUCGACACCUGUGCACUGUCAGAACUCAUCUGUCUGGACUUGUAAACGCAGCAAUAAUUUCUGGAGAGGGAGCUGAGAAUGGCCUAACGACUGAAAAGUGGGCGGAGCUCAUGAAAGAUGACGGCAAAGAUAGCCAAACAGAAGUCUUCCGAUUAGCGUAUUACGGUGGGGUAGCACAUGAUAUUAGGAAAGAGGUGUGGCCUUAUUUGUUGGGUCAUUAUACAUUUGGAAGCUCAGCAGAAGAGCGCGAGCAGCUAGAUGAGACAACGAAACAUAGCUACGAAACAACCAUGUCCGAAUGGCUGGCAGUCGGAGCGAUUAUCAGACAACGAGACAAAGAAAUCGUGGCAGCAAGUUUAGCCAAACUUUCUAGUGAAAGUACCUCAGGUGAACAACCUCCGCCCACCCCCGCUUUGGCGCAAGAGCUCAGUAAUGAUGUGUUCGAGGACAACAUUAGCCUUUCAGAUGAUGACCCUCCAAUAGUAGACGACUACGAAGGCGAAAACGAGAAUGAAAACGAAGGCGAAGGAGAGGAUGAGCAAAAGAAAAAGAAAGUUGUCGCUACGAAAUGUCCUCCCAACUCCCUUGAAAAACACUCUUCAUCUGACAACACUGAAAUUCUCCAGUCUUCCUCUACCCUGCCUACUUUGGAAAAAGUUGUAGAAAUAAUGAACAACAAGAUGGACAAGAGGCAUUCAGCUCCUUGCGGUGGGAAUAUUGGACAUUUAUCUGUUCUCACGGGCAACGGAGCAGUUCCGCGAUCAGUUUCUCCGGAUGAGGGCAUGGGAGACGAGGCAGACAUAGAGGACGAGGAAGAAGACAAAUCGAGUGAUCCAUCGAAACAAAAUGGUCAAUCUCAGGAUCAAAAUCUCAUCACAGAUAACUCUCAGACGAUUACGAAGCCGAUGUCUGUCGUUGUUACUUCCAAUCAGUCGGUCGACAGCGGAAAUCACUCCGAAACGUUGAAUGGAGGUUCCCUGUCUCAACCGAUAGUGGAGGCGAGUGAGAAUGAGGUUCAAGAAAACAUGUUGGCUGUUUGCACGGGUGACGAAGACGGGGAAGGAGGCGCUUCUGGACAAAGAUCUGCUUGCAUCUCUCCGGCCAGCUCACAGGGCGGAGUUUAUUCAUCGGAGCUAAUCGAGACCUUUGGUUUGAACAUUCAUCGCAUUGAUAAGGAUGUUGAUAGGUGCGAUCGAAAUUAUUGGUACUUCACACCCGACAAUUUGGAAAAGCUCAGAAAUGUCAUGUGCACGUAUGUUUGGGAGCACUUGGACGUUGGAUACAUGCAGGGCAUGUGCGACCUCGUAGCUCCUUUACUCGUCAUAUUUGACAAUGAAUCCAUGACUUACGCUUGUUUUUGCAAAUUGAUGGACCGCAUGGGAGCCAAUUUCCCCCACAGCGGAGGCACCAUGGACACACAUUUUGCCAACAUGAGGUCUUUGAUUCAGAUUCUUGAUUCCGAAAUGUUUGAAUUGAUGCAUCAAAACGGAGACUACACUCAUUUUUACUUCUGCUAUCGGUGGUUCCUCCUUGACUUUAAACGAGAACUGGUUUAUGAGGAUGUUUUCACUGUGUGGGAGACAAUCUGGGCAGCAAAACUGAUUUCAUCAGCACACUUCAUGCUAUUUAUUGCUCUGUCGUUGGUGGAGACGUACAGGGAUAUAAUUCUGAGUAACGUUAUGGACUUCACCGACAUUAUUAAAUUCUUUAAUGAAAUGGCCGAGAGACACGACUGCAAAGCUGUCCUAACUCUUGCGCGAGAUCUUGUGCUCCAACUGCAAACUUUGAUUGAAAAUAAGUAAAGAGGAUUGUUCUUUCGCUACCUUUAGUUCUAAAUCUUCCACAUUUUGUCUGUUCAUACCAUCAUAAACACUUUAAUUUGUUCACCUUUGAAAGAACUCAAAGAAAAAAGGGACAUCAAUCUGCUAAGGUUUUUACUGGCAUUUAAAAGAGAAGUUUACAGAGCAAGCUAUUUUUUUUCAAUUCCUAUGUAUUUGUCAAUGGUAAAAUUGACCUACUAAAGCAGUACUUUGAAAAAUAUUGUGUGCAAAGGAAGUACUAGUGACUAUUUUUAAGUUAAAACGAAAAGAUAAAAUCGUUGAUAAGCUAAUAAUAGCAAGAUAAACAACACAAUAUGCAUUAUGGCUCAUCUUCACAUCAAGACUCCCGAUUUGGGUAACACAAAUUGACAUUCUUUGCCUUGCUAAAAUGCAGUUGACGCUAAUUUAAAUUCAUACCUGAUAGGAGUCAUUUUGCUAUUUUCUACACCUCACUUUACUAUUUCUAUUUUUCGAAAUGCACCCAUUGUUUUUUUUUUGGUAACUCAAGGCCUAUUAAUCAGAGCCGCUGAUCUUUUUAUACUUAAUUCUAUUUGAAAAAGAAGAAUGCAAUAUCCGUCACUAUUUUUAAGUUCAUUGCUCAUAAUUAGAGUGCACUUUUAUCAAUAUUUUGACUUGCGUCAAUUACCUCUCAACUCCACUGGUCCCAAUAAAAAUAGACAACUUUUCAAACUCAGCCUCUGACAAAUGAAAAGAUGUAACGUUAUUUUUUGAAUGAUUUGGUUAUUGUAAACAAAAAGUUUUGGGCUUACAAAAAUUCUGAUUUUAUUUGAUUAAAGUUGUAAGUUCAACUUUCCUCAUGAUGCAGCGACUAAGGGUUUCACAUUAUGAAGACAUUCCUGUUUUACCUAUUUUUUCUUAAGAGUUAUAAUUUAUAUUUUGUUAUUAUAUAUGUGUAAGUUGUACGUGUUGAUGAAUCAAAAUUUUAAUUUUCAAUUGUUAUUAUUUUUAAUGCUAAGACUUUAAGAAGGUUUAAUCUUGUUUUGUUAAAAAAAAAAAAAAACCAAAGAUGCUAUCUUUAUAAGUAUACAUGUUAAUAUAAUUGUGGAAUUAUCA